GGGGACCAAUGGCAUCGGCUAUAACCCUAGCGAUGAAACAAAUAUCUCUCCUACUGGUAGUCAUUCUACUCAAGUGUCUCAAGUACCUGGUUCUAAUGAUAACAGUAGUAAUAGUUCUCCUUCUAAAGGCUUAGAUGGAGGAGGAAUAGCCGCAAUAUUUUUUGCAUUAUUGUUUGUUCUUGCUAUAGCAG